CCAAUUGUAACCUCUUAUUUUUCUCCUUCUCUUUCUCAGGCGUGUGAAAGAUGGUGGACCGCUUGGCGAACAGUGAGGCCAACUCUAAGCGCAUUGGAGUCGUGGAAGCAUGCUUUGGCACAGCAGGUCAACCGCUAGCCAUCCCAGGUCGAGUGCUGAUCGGAGAGGGCGUUCUCACAAAGCUGUGCCGCAAAAGGCCCAAAGCCCGGCAGUUCUUCCUCUUCAAUGACAUCCUGGUGUAUGGCAACAUCGUCAUCCAGAAGAAGAAGUACAAUAAGCAGCACAUCAUCCCUCUGGAGAGCGUCACCAUAGACACGGUAGAGGACGAGGGCGACCUGCGCAACGGCUGGCUCAUUAAAACGCCCACCAAAUCCUUCGCCGUCUAUGCCGCCACAGCUACGGAGAAGUCUGAGUGGAUGAGCCACAUCAGCAAGUGCGUCUCGGACCUACUGGAAAAAAGCGGGAAAUCUCCCACUGGCGAGCACGCGGCCGUCUGGGUGCCCGACUCUGAGGCGACCGUGUGCAUGCGCUGCCAGAAGAUGAAAUUCACCCCCGUCAACCGCCGCCACCACUGCCGGAAAUGCGGCUUUGUCGUGUGCGGCCCGUGUUCGGAGAAGAAGUUCCUGCUACCCAGUCAGUCGUCCAAACCGGUGCGGGUGUGCGAGUUCUGUUACAAGCAGCUCUCCACGGGCGGCACCCUCCCGUCCCGCUCAGACUCCUACAGCCGUUCGGAGUUUUCCAGCAACAAUAUCUCAGACGACGACGAUGAUGAUGACAGCAGUGACUGAGGGUCACUUUUAGGAAUAUUGACCAUCUACAGAUCAUAUCCCAUUAUUUUAGUCUAAUUUUCAUUCAGGGUGUGCAAAGGUUCCUGUGGCAAUAACACCUUCCCAAAACGAUUAAAGGCCCCUGUGCAUAUGAACAAAAGCUACCGUAUCCUUACUGAGCAAUGCUGCUAUCCACUGGAGGAAGAGAAUGUUGGGUAAUGUGAUUGCGGGCUGUUCCUAGGCAUACUCUCCCUCAGGUGAAACCGUGUAGUGCAUUAUAACUAGGUUUUAAACAAGGAACUGCAUUUAGUGCUUUGAACAACUAACCACUAACAAACCGUGAAAGUAUGCGUUCAGGUGAAGGUCUUCUGUUUCUCACUUUCCUCAGUUUCAAGUAAUUGCAAAUGACAAAUCAGAUAGACGCUACUAAGCUUGUAAAUGCGUGUAUAUAAUGCUGUGGUGUAGGAAGUCUGUUGGAAAAUUCAUCUGACGAGGUCGUCGCUGCCUUAGUGCCUUCUUAUUUAUUCUCAGGAUCCUCGAAAUGAGAAACUAUUUAUGACUUGGGCUGAUUUCUUCACUUUGAGACACCUGCCUUCGUUUGAUGGCACAUCACAUGACGUAUUCUGUUUAGAGGUGCACAGGUCCCAUUCAGUGACCAUUUUUAUUCAUAUGACUGUAGUUAUGAUCAAAACUAGACCGACAGUUUCAGCUGAGGACAGUCGAUUAUAUUCUCUCAGUCCAAAUAGCUUUUGGACCGGAUUUCAACUCUAUACAUAUAUACACAUUAGCAUGCAGCCCACAGGAAUCGCACUAAUCGUCACAAAGGCGAAGGAAGCGCUAUCCUUUUUGCCCGCUCUCUCUCAUUGGGGUCUUUGUGUUAGAGAAGUCACAUGUCGGGCCUUGAUAGUCAGUCCCACACGUUUUGAACGGGAAUCGAAAGCAUUAUGAGGAAGCGACUGUCACACAGCCACCUUGUUUCCAAAGAAGCUGCUAAGCGGGUAAUUCGAAAAGUUUUUUACUUCUAGACAAGUCAAGCUGGUGGGAGAAUCAGCUAUACUGCUUGAGAACUGUGUCUCAGUACUGAAUACUUGAUCACCUGUGUAGAUGGCAUAUUUUGUUUGUGUCAGAAUAACAAAACUGACAUUGAAAAGGGAUAUUUAAUUAACCUAACUCUGGCUAAAGAGCCCGCUCAGACUGUCUAGUUCAUAUGCAAUGACAGAUACACUUAAGUCAAAAGUAUUUUUUUGCUUUUACACAUUUAUGUGAGACUUAUUUGAGAUUUAGAAAUAGGUUUACUGUGAUUGACUCAAGGUAAUUAUCUAAUCUUGCUUUUGGAAUAUAACGUUAGAUUCCAGGAUAGUUAUAUUUGGCAUAACGUUUGAUUUAAUGAAUUGUUUUAAUCGUUCCAAAUAUAACCUGAGAUGAUUUGUUUUAGUUUUACUUAUAUGUUGUAAUAUUCUGAGAUGAUUGUUUUGAUUUUGCAUGUUGUAAACUUUUGUACAGUUUUUUUGUAUAUUUACUCUUAGUUGGGCUUGCUGCCUUUUGUUUUUUUUCUUCAUAGCGUUUCCGUGUGGUUCAUGUGUGCGUUUCCUGAACACCUCUGGAUCAGCUACCAGCACUUUACUCUCUCUGCAAACCACAAGAGAGGGGCGGGGCCUGGUUGGGGGAGGGGCUUGGGUAGGAUGUGGGCGGGGACUACAUGUCUUUACAAAUCUGGCCUGCAAAUACAAGAGAAUAGAUCUGAGUAGAGGAUAAACAGGAUUGGCAUUUACUUUCCAUUUGUUUUCUUUUGUGAUUUCUUGAACAUGUAAUUUAUGAUUCCCUUGUUCUUGGAUGAAUUUUGGGGGAUUUUCUGUUUCUUGUACAUUUUUUGCCAUUUUUAAUUCUCAUUUAAAACUCUGAAAGGGCUGAAAACUGAUUGUAAUCCAUCAUAACAUCAUUAUUAGAUACUAAUUCUGAGGAAAAUAUAUGCAUUGCUUAA